AAUGUACAAAGGUAGCAUACACGUAUAAGUAACAGUUUGAAACAUUAAUACAUUUUUAAGUGUCAAGAACAGUCGCAGGGCAAUAGAUUUAUUACGCCUUGUUUGUUGUGAGAAUUACGCAGUACUCUGUGUCCUGUUCACACAGUUUGCAACUCAAAGACUCUCCAGAUUGAAAUGUAUGCGCUGUGUGAGUACUGGGGAUCUGCUCGGGCUGUACAGCGCUCCCUCUGUCGAGUCCCUAUCGCCGCGCUCUUGGCGCUGUCCCAGCCCUCUUCAUCAAACCAGGGAAAACAUUUUCGGGAAGAAUAAAGAACUCUUACAGACCUGUACUUCAACAACGCACUCACAGUUCACUGAGAGGCCUACUUCACAGAAGCGGACUUACUAUGUUGACAAGGAAAUCGGCGUUGGGCGAACUCGUAGGCUGUCUCAUCUUGUUUGUCGCGGUCUGUGAUGCCCAUCGAUUCUUAACACAGAGUACGGCUUCACAGUUCCUGUCACGCCGCCGGCGGGCAAAUUCACUCUUUGAGGAGAGUAAAAAGGGAAAUCUGGAGAGAGAGUGUAUCGAGGAGCUAUGCAACAAAGAGGAGGCGCGGGAGAUCUUCGAGAACAACCCUGAAACUGAGUACUUUUAUCCCAAGUACGUUGCAUGCUUGGGGUCACACCGUGUAGGAAUCAACAACCCUCUCUCCGGGGAUGGCGUGCCCUCUGACCUUCGCACUUGUGUGAAACAGAUCAGUGAUCAGUGUUUCCCGCUGCCGUGUCAUAAGGAAGGACACGAGCGCUGCAUCGACGGACACGGCUCCUUCACCUGCGUGUGCAAGCCUGGCUGGAGGGGCAUACGCUGUGAGGAAGAUAUCAAUGAGUGCACCGACUUGGAGUUCCCUGCUGGAUGUGACCAGAAGUGUUACAACUUCCCUGGGAGUUUCCGCUGUUUGUGUGAGGAUGGCUACUUCUCCAGUGACAAGAUCCACUGCACAGACAUUAACGAGUGUCGGCUGUACCCCAAGAUCUGUGAGCCGGCCACCUGCCUCAACACCCCGGGCAUGUACGAGUGCAAGUGCCCCCCGGGCUUCAAGUACAACUUCACCUCCCACGCCUGCCAGGAUGUGGAUGAAUGCAAACAGGGCACUUGUGAAGGUCAGUGCAUCAACACCAUGGGCAGCUUCUCCUGUCACUGCGAUGGGAGGCAGGGCCUGAAGCUGGUGGAGGACGGACGAUUCUGUGAGGAAAUACCGGUGUGUGUUCACCUGCAUGACAUCAGGGACGCGGAGAUGCUGUACCUGGGCGAGCAGUUCACAGGCUUACCUGUGAUCUACCUGCGCUUCCGCCUGCCAGAGAACACCAAGUUCGCAGCUGAAUUUGACUUCCGAACGUUCGACCCGGAGGGGGUGAUCCUUUACGCUGAGUCAUCCCCAGAGUCCUGGUUCAUGCUGGGCCUACGGGCCGGCCACAUUGAGAUCCAGUUCAAGAACCAGCACUCCGUCAAGGUCACCAGCGGGGGAAAGGUCAUCAACGAUGGGGAGUGGCAUGUGAUCUCAGUGGAUGAACUGGAAAGCAGCAUUAGUGUGAAGAUAAGUAAGGAAGCUGUCAUGAGCAUAAACAGCCCGGACAGCCUCUUCACCUCCGUCAAUGGGAAACUGGAGACCAAGGUGUUCAUCGCUGGGCUGCCCAACCGCACGGACAGCGUCAUCAAGCCGAUCAACCCCAGGCUGGACGGCUGCAUCCGAGGGUGGAACCUGAUGAACCAGGGGGCGUCGGGGGUCAAAGAGGUCAUCCAGGAGAAGAAGAGCAAGCACUGCUUCGUCCAGGUGGAGCCCGGGUCCUACUUCCCCGGAGAAGGCCUUGCCCGUUUCCAUGUGAAUUACAGUGUAGCGGAGUCUUGGAAAGUAGACUUGGAGCUGAACAUCCGUCCAUCCAGCAGCACAGGAGUCCUGUUCGCCAUCGUCAGCAACGACACCGUCCCACUGUCCGUCUCCGUGUUGACUCGAGGACAGGAAGACGCAGACCUGCUGGUCUUCAUGGGGGAGGUUCUCAUGGCCACUCUGCAGUCUGUGAUGCUCUGCUACCCCGAGCGCCUGUUCCUGGGGCUCAGCGUGUCCCCAGCCGGCCUCCGACUCGGGGCUAACUCCUCCACCGUUUCCUACGCCGACGCGGACGUCCUGCAGUCCGGGCUGGCCGCCCUCAACGCCACCAUGCAGGGGCCCGUGGAGACCUACGUCGGGGGCGUCCCAGAGCUUCCUAUGACAGCCACACCAGUGACUGCCUUCUACCACGGCUGCAUGGAGAUCACCGUCAACAGCAAGCGGCUGGACUUCGAUGAAGCCUUAAGCAAACACAACAGCAUCAAAUCCCACUCCUGCCCCCCAGUGUCACAGACAGGAGAUGCCCCUUUCCCUCUCAACUGAUGAGCAGGAAAUGAUGUCAUACCGAAAGGGCUGUGGCAUGUGACCUCAGCUAUGUUCCCAAAUUCAGCAAGUACAGUGGUCUGUUAUUUCAUCAUAUUAGGUCCGCAGCACGUUUCAUGCCCUUGUUCCUUUUCCACAAUAUGCUCAUUACUCUACAAAAGCUGUAAAAUCCUGGAGGCGAAAGAUUUUAGUGAUGCCUAACAUUGUUUCAGUUGUUAAUAAUUACAUAAAUGAUAAAACUAAUUAGGGUACUUGUAAGGCCAAGGUAUGAUGUCAGGAUUUAGCAAUUUUCUGUAUCCUCGCCAGGAUACAAUUAAACUUUUUUUUUUUUUUACACCGUUUUGAUAACGAUGCAUAUUCUUAGACUUUGGCCAGUGGUACACCUACCCAACCACUCCAGACGGAGAUGUUUGUCAGGACCUGAUUUGUCAAGUAAAUAAAAUUGCAGUAAGAAAAUGAUAGAUCGUGGAACCUGUCUGCCAAGAAUGUACAUGUAGAAUCCUGAUAAUUCCACAGUAAGUCAAUCAGAUAUGUGUAAUGGGUGCGGAAGGGGGGGGGGGGGUAUGCUGGUAUGCUAUCUGUGUCUACUAUUUAAAAAUGAAAAGGAAAAUCAUUUUUAUAUUCAUCCAGAAUGUUUUGGCUACAUCCUAGUCAGCUAGAAAAGUUUUACUUAUAAAUCAAAUGUAGCAGGGGUUUCACCUGAAUGCCUGGACUUUUCACCACAAAAAAUGUUCUUGGACUGAGGAUAACUUUACAUGGCUCCCAAACCAAGGGUCUACUGCAAGCAUUUUUUGUUUUGAAUAUUCAUACCCAGUGUGGGGUCUGUCCAUAGAUUGGACCGGCAGUGCUAAUGGAGGUAAACAGGCUGUAGCAUUUCACUUGCAUAUCAGCAAUGAGACACCAGCUAGCCAAUAUAUUACCUACAAAACAAAUAACAUUGUUUACUGCUGUCGAUUUUACAAGCAAUAAAAAUCACGUAAUGUUGUGCAGGUUGUUUUUUGACCCCAGCGAGUAGGUGUUCCAUAGCUGCAACUUCCUACUCUUGUAGCUAGAGGAACACUGGUAAUAAUUAACAGAACAGUGCCAAAGGUGAUUGGUUGAUAUGUUUUGACUUUACUUCCGGGGUCCCUGAGGGCAUCCUCCAAUCAUCGCUGGCAUUGUGAUGUCUGUUGUUGGCAACAUAUUACUCAGUUGGUGGAGCUCCUCUGGUUUAUGUACAAAAUGUGACAACAAUAAUUUCUUAUCCCUGUUGCAAUAAACUUGAAAGGAAAGACAAGGCUGGGACAAAAGGUAGCCAUUCAGAGUAAAGAUAUAACAAAGCAUAUUGACAAAUGACGGGACAGAAAUUGGAGCAAGCUGGUUUAUUAUAAUCCAAGGAUUGUGUCUAUAACGAUAAAUUAAAAACAUUUUUAAAAUAUAUAUUUUUUAAAGCAGACUUAAAAUUGCUUAUUUUUGGCUUGAAAGCCUUUUUCUGAAAUUUUAAAAUAAAACUUCACCGAAUAUCUUACUUGUUUUCCUCUAUGCAUUGAAGGUCUGUAUUGCAGCCACACUUUUUCUGUGUAAAUGAAAACAAGCUCAUUUUAGUAAAUCUUGUUCAUGUGUAGUGAUUGGGUUCGUAUUACAUGUUUGUUUAAUUUAAAUAAAAUGAUUUCAAACAAA